AUGGAAGGUGAAGCAAAUGACCACCAGCUUAAACAGCAAGAAAAAAAAGCUGAAAAAGCAUUUGCUGUCCUUCCAGAAGAAAUCAAAACUCCAAUGCGAACUGUUCUUAACUUACAAAAGCAAAGAAAUUCUUUGUAUUUUGAGUUUGAAAAAGAGCUUCAAGCACUUCAUAAUAAGUAUGAUACCCAGUACGGUCCGAUUUUCUUGGAAAGAUCUUCACACAUAAAAUCCAUUGAAAAUUUCUGGCUUAAGGUACUACAGAAUAGUGAUGAAGCUUCUUCAUUUAUAUAUGAGCAAGAUCUCCCUCUUUUACAACAUUUAAUUGAUAUUCAAUAUCAUCAAUCUGCUGACCAUGAUAGUUUUAAAGUUGAUUUCGAAUUUUCUGCCAAUGAUUACAUAGAAAACACAGUUUUAUCCAAAGAAUUCGUUAUAAAAAACGAUGUUUUAGAAAAAUCAGUUGGCACAGAAAUUUUGUGAAAAGGAAGAAAUAGUUUCACAAAAAAAACAAAGCAAGUGAAAAAGGGUAAAAAAGGAAAAGCUAUGACUAAAACUGUUGAUAUUCCAAGUUUUUUCAGGAUUUUUCAAACUAGAAGUCCUGAAGAUGAAGAAGAUAUUCCAAGCGACGAAGAAGAUAUUGAUGCUGAUCCAUUUGAAGAUGAAAUGAAUUUAGGAUAUGAGUUAAGAGAUGAAAUUAUUCCAAAUGCACUAUAUUAUUAUCUAGGAAUUAGAGGAAAAGAAGAAGAUGAAGAUAGUGAUGAAGACGAAAAAGGGCAAAAGAAACCAUCCGAAGUAAAAGUUGAUGGGUCAGGACAAGAAAAGCAAGAAUGCAAACAGCAGUAA